ACCAAAGAAACAGCGUUUCAUUUUCUUCAAUAGAAAAUUCAUAAAGAAAAAGUAUAGAGAUGAAGAAAGCAGAGCUAAUAUUCGUUCCUUUGCCGGAGACCGGCCAUCUUUUGUCAACGAUAGAGUUUGGAAAGCGUCUGCUCAAUCUAGACCGUAGGAUUUCCAUGAUUACAAUCCUAUCCAUGAAUCUCCCUUACGCUCCUCACGCCGACGCCUCUCUUGCAUCACUCACAGCCUCCGAGCCUGGAAUCCGACUCAUCAGUCUCCCGGAGAUCCACGAUCCACCUCCGAUUAAGCUUCUUGACACUUCCUCCGAGACUUACAUCCUCGAUUUCGUCGAUCAAAACAUACCAACUCUUAGAAAAACCAUCCAAGAUUUAGUCUCAUCAUCAUCUUCCGGAGAUGGUUGUCAUGUCGCCGGCUUGAUUCUUGAUUUCUUCUGUGUCGGUUUGAUCGAUAUUGGCCAUGAGGUAAACCUUCCUUCCUAUAUCUUCAUGACUUCCAACUUCGGUUUCUUAGGGGUUCUACAGUAUCUCCCGGAACGACAUCGUUUGACUGCGUCGGAGGUCGAUGAGAGCUCCGGCGAGGAAGAGUUACAGAUUCCGGCGUUCGUGAACCUUGUUCCCGCCAAGGUUCUACCGCCUGGUGUGUACGACAGACUCUCUUACGGGUCUCUGGUCAAAAUUGGCGAGCGAUUACAUGAAGCCAAGGGUAUUUUGGUCAAUUCCUUUACCGAAGUCGAGCCUUAUGCUGCUGAACAUUUUUCUCGAGGACGAGAUUACCCUCACGUGUAUCCUGUUGGGCCGGUUCUCAACUUAACGGGCCGGCAAAAUCCAGGUCUAGCUACGGCCCAGUACGAAGAGAUGAUGAAAUGGCUUGACGAGCAACCAGACUCUUCGGUUUUGUUCCUGUGUUUCGGGAGCAUGGGAGUCUUCCCUGCACCUCAGAUUACAGAGAUAGCUCACGCGCUCGAGCUUAUCGGGUGCAGAUUCAUCUGGGCGAUCCGUACGAAUAUGGCGGGAGACGGCGAUCCUCACGAGCCGCUUCCAGAAGGAUUCGUCGAUCGGACAAUGGGCCGUGGAAUUGUGUGUAGUUGGGCUCCACAAGUGGAUAUCUUGGCCCACAAGGCAACAGGUGGAUUCGUUUCUCAUUGUGGAUGGAAUUCUGUACAAGAGAGUCUAUGGUACGGCGUACCAAUUGCCACGUGGCCGAUGUAUGCGGAGCAACAGCUCAACGCAUUUGAAAUGGUGAAGGAGCUGGGCUUAGCCGUGGAGAUAAGGCUUGAUUACGUGGCUGAUGGUGAUAGGGUUACUUUGGAGAUUGUAUCAGCCAAUGAAAUAGCCACAGCCGUCCGAUCACUGAUGGAUAGUGAUAACCCUGUGAGAAAGAAGGUUAAAGAGAUAUCAGGAGUGGCGAGGAAAGCUGUUGGUGAUGGUGGAUCUUCUAUGGUGGCCACAGGAACUUUUAUCAGAGAUAUUCUUGGGGAUCACUUUUGAUCAUUCUCUUUGGGAGCAAACUAAAUAUGUAAUUUGUAAUAAUAACGCCAUUCCUGCUUUAAGACAAGAGUCAAUGAUUUCUAUAAUCAUCUAAGAAACAGACAAUUUUGUA